CCAUUCGAAGAGCAGCCGCGCGCUCUAGCAUCACUAAGAAGCAAAAACGUCGAAGGUGGACGCAUAGAAGGCACAGUACUUUUUGUAUUUACCGCGGUCUUCCAUUUGGGCAUUCCGCCAAGCUGGAGUAAACGUCAUACCGAUCCUACUCAGUUCCCCGGCAUCAAUCCGCCAUCCACAUUAACAACUGACACGUACUUACAAUGUCCAACAAAUCCAAGAACCAAGCGGAGAGCGAGGUCAAGUCUUGGGGCUUCAAGCAUGUAUUCACCUGGACCGAUGGCCCAAACGCUCACUACCCUCCGCACUCUCAUCGGGGCCUAACGACACAUCUCAUUACCAAUGGGGAGCUCACAAUAACAUACCCCAAGGACUCGAGCCCGUCGAAAGAGACAUUUGGCAUAGGCGAUCGAGUGGAUGUAGAUGCGGAGCGUGUUCAUGAGGUGUGGAUAGGAGAACAGGGAUGCACAUAUGUCAUUGGGGAGUGAGAUACUUCGUACACAGAACGCUUCCAACGGAAGAAUACAGUAAUAUGGCUUCAUAGGUGUUAUUUCCAUAGCCUUUUGCCGUGUUUUAACGGUUUCUACACUGGCCAAUCCUGCGGUAGUGUUAUCAUGCACAGGUACUGUAUUUUAGUAGAAAGCAUGCUUUGGUACGCUCACGGGAUGCUUCGAUGAGUGCCGUCGAUGUGGAGCAGUCUGUAAAUUAUUUCGGAGCCUUCAUCGUUCAAAUCUAGGACAGGAUAGUCUGUGAAUGGCAGGUGUUUCGCCUGGACGCUUCCAUAACCUCUUAAGGCAAAAUUGUGUAUAGGUAACCCAAGCUUCAAAUCUACUAGCUGAUGAAUCGAA